AUGGAGUUCCAUCUGCAGGCCAAGGGUCACGUGGAGUUUGCUUGGGCCAUGACAGGCAUCUUGGUCGGUACCGUUGAAGUGCAGGGUGACUCGAGCCCGGCCGACCUGAGGCAGGAACUGGAGGACCGCGCAAAGGCUUCGGCAUUGUGCUUGCGUCUUGUGCUGGAAGGCGUGCACGAAGUACACGAGGCAGCGACCGAAACACCGCAAGAGGAAAUUGAAGCGCGCCUCGAUGCUGGCUGCUUGCUUGAGGGAGCGCUGAAGCACCUUCGACAGCUCGACUCGCUCCUCGACUGCGCCAAGCGCAGGGCGCUAGCAGAUCGCUUACCAUGCCGCGUGCUGGCUUUGCGACAGGAGCCCCCAGGUCUUCCAGGGAUCGAGUCUUUGGUGGAAUUCCUGUUUAAGAAUCGAUAUGAAUUGACCUGGGACGCGGGCGACAUUUACAGCCUGACGCGCGGCGUGCUUGCCUCUGGGCAGCCUGGUUGGUCUCGCUCGUGGUCUGGUUGCAACAGAGUGUUUGGCAUGCACCUUCACGACGAUGCACUGGAAGGUGGGAGCUAUCAUGAAUACGGUACUGCUUUGCACCAUGCCACCUUGCUUGGCCUUACCAGCGUCUGCAAGGGCCUGCUUGAUGACCCGGCCUUUACACAGGCCGACGCACACGUUUUUUCCGAAGACACCGGCCGUCCCUAUUGUACAGCUCUCCACGCCGCUUUGUUCUCCAAAUUCCGGUACAACGCGAUCAACACUGAUAUUGUCAAAAUGCUCCUUCACCACAGCCGCUUCACAGCCGUGAAUGACGAAAAUGAUUGGGGGCACCUGGCUUUCCACAUUGUGGCCAGUUGGAGCAACCAUGGUUCGGAGAAAACCGACAUGGUCAAGGAGUUCCUGGCAGCUGACCUCGUGGAUGUCAAUGCCCUGGCCUGUGGGGGUUGUACCGUGCUGCACAUGGCCGCUGGCGCAGGGGAUGCUGCCACCUGCAAGCUGCUGCUGGACCAUGCUGCCUUUACGGCCGCUGAUGCAUCGGGCACGCCAUCAGCUUCUGUUUGGGGGUCUUCUCCUGCUGACAGGGACCGUGACGAUGACCAUCUCUACAGGGACUUCUCAUGGCAGGACGUGAAGGGCACGGCUUUGCAUACAGCGGUUGAGACGAACCAUGCAGAUGUUGUUGCAGUUCUUCUAGGCCACAGCCGCUUCACAGCCGUCACUCAGGUGAACUCGAACGGAAAGACAGCUUUACACAGAGCUGCGAUGUUGGGCCGACUUAGCCUAGUCAAGCAACUGCUGGAGGAUGGUCGCUCCGUGGACGUCAGGACUCGUGCUGGGGAGACGGCGCUCGACCUGGCCUUGCGGCUGCGGCCGGCGGAGCGCGCCCGCAGCCAUCGCUCAGCCACUCUUUCGGACCACGAGCACGAAGACAUGCUUCGCAGCCAUGAUGCGGUGAUCACGGCUCUGCAUCAUGGGCUGAAGCUGGACAUACCCACCCUUUCCUUGCAGAGGAAGCAGGCAUAUGAACAGGCCCACCAAUUCGAGGCUGAGGACUACAUGGAUGGCCGGUGGCGCAAACGUCUGACUCUCCGGAAAGAGAGCCGUCGAAAGGAAGAGGCAGCGAGGAAGGCCAGGGAGGAGGAACUCGAAAAGCUGACUGGCAAAGCCACGGGCCACGUGAAGAAAUGCAAAGAAUCCAAAGCAUCCAAGACCAGGAGCAGCUGGAGCAUCGAAUCGCCCGACUUUCAAGUAAACCUUCCCACGCAAAGGCCGAGGCCUCACGAUGAUCAGUGGGCACCAGGGUAG